UACAAAUUGUUUCCAUAGGUAGAGAGUAAUGGUUCGCGCCCCCUGUAGUCUUUUUGAAACACCAAUAUAAAAUUUCAAUUUUAGAACAUUUGUAUGGCAAUGGUUAUUAAUUUCUGUUGUUUUGUUAACUGCUCUGCAGUAACUGUGGUUGCAACUGGGUCCGUACAAGAAACGCAAGUAACUUUUCUAAAUUUCGUGUAAUAAUGGCCGAUGCGGCAACUAAAAUGGAUACUGGAUCCCCUAAAAAGAAAUUACCUCAGGUACCUGAGACAUUAUUGAAGAAAAGGAAAUGGCAAGCUGAGCAAAAACAAAAGCGACUAGCUGCAUCAAUCAAGCAAAGAAAGUUAAAUAAGGAGAAGCGAAGAUUAAUCUUCAAAAGGGCUGAAAAUUAUGUUAAAGAAUACAGACGUAAAGAAAGGGAUGAGAUCAGGCUUAAAAGACAGGCUAGACACGCUGGAAAUUUCUAUGUGCCCGAUGAACCUAAAGUAGCCAUUGUUACAAGAAUAAGAGGUAUUAAUGGAGUUAGUCCAAAGCCCAGGAAAGUUCUGCAACUUUUGAGGCUGAGACAAAUUAACAAUGCUAUGUUUGUCAAGUUAAAUAAGGCUACAAUCAAUAUGUUACACAUUGCUGAACCUUUUAUUACAUGGGGGUAUCCUAACUUAAAGACUAUUAAGGAUCUUGUAUACAAACGAGGAUUUGGUAGAGUUAAUCACAAAAGGAUCGCUCUCACUGAUAAUUCUAUCAUUGAGUCUAAAUUGGGUAAACAUGGCAUUAUCUGUAUGGAGGAUUUGAUUCACGAAAUUGCCACUUGUGGCCCCAAUUUCAAGAAGGCCACUAACUUCUUGUGGCACUUUAAGUUAAACAACCCUAAAGGAGGAUGGCGUAAGAAGACUAUUCAUUACGUUGAAGGUGGAGAUUUUGGGAACAGAGAAGACAAAAUUAAUACACUUCUAAGGAAAAUGAUAUAAUAAAUUCUCAAUAAAAUGUA